GUAUAUGAAAUGGUGCAACGGAUUCUCUUGUCAACGCGAGGUUAUGUCAAUUUUGUGCAUGAAGUAUUUCGCCAGGCAUUUUUGUUGCCUUCCUGUGAGAUAGCUGUAACAAGAAAAGUCCUUCAAGUGUACAAAAAGUGGAUCCUCCAGGACAAACCUGUGUUUAUGGAGGAACCAGAUAAAAAAGAUGCUGCCCAAGAAGGUGCUGAAAAAUUAGGAAUUUCAGAGACUGAUAGCAAGGAGGCUUCGUCUGGAAGUUCUGGUCAUAAGCGAUCUUCCAGUUGGGGACGCACAUACUCCUUCACAAGUGCAGUGAGCAGAGGGUGUGUGACAGAGGAGGACAAUACGUACGUGAAAGCCGGGGCCCAGGCUCUGCUGCAGGUAUUUUUGACGAACGCUGCAAAUGUCUUUUUACUGGAACCAUGUGCUGAAGUUCCCAUGCUCUUGAAAGAACAAGUUGACGCUUGUAAAGCUGUUUUGAUUAUUUUUAGGCGCAUGAUAAUGGAGCUUACAAUGAAUAAAAAGACAUGGGAACAGAUGUUGCAAAUACUACUUAGGAUAACAGAAGCUGUCAUGCAGAAGCCAAAGGAUAAACAAAUAAAGGACUUGUUUGCACAGAACAUGGCAGGGUUACUAUUUAGGACACUCAUUGUGGCUUGGAUCCGAGCAAACCUGUGUGUAUACAUUUCUCGAGAGCUCUGGGAUGACUUUCUUGGUGUGCUCUCGUCCCUCACGGAAUGGGAGGAACUCAUAAACGAGUGGGCCAACAUCAUGGACUCCUUGACAGCAGUGCUCGCAAGAACCGUCUAUGGAGUUGAGAUGACAAACCUUCCUCUGGAUAAAUUAAGUGAACAAAAGGAAAAGAAGCAGCGAGGCAAAGGCUGUGUUCUAGAGUCUCAGAAAGGAACCACUGUGGGAAGAUCCUUUUCUCUCAGCUGGCGGAGCCACCCAGAUGUGACAGAGCCAAUGCGAUUUAGGAGUGCCACCACAUCUGGAGCACCAGGAGUUGAGAAGGCAAGAAAUAUCGUUCGACAGAAAACAACCGCUAAGCGAAGCCAGUCUAUCAGCAACUGUGUCCACCUUUCCGAGGCUUUGCCUGCCACUAAAAGCGUCCCGCUCCUCCUUCACACCGUGAGCGCUCUCUUCCCUGGUCUCUCUUACUCCUCUUGCUCUCACAGGCUGUCAGAAGUGGAAGAGUGUCAACAGUCAGAAAAUGCACCUGUAGCUGGAUCUGGUCACCUCAUGGUGGGACAGCAGCAUCUGGUCCUUCGGAGCAGCAGCACAUCCGACAUCACUGAGCCACUGUGCUCUGAUUCUUCUCAGGGUCAAAAGGUAGAAAAUGCACAGAAUUUGAGUUCUUCAGAGCCCAAGCCUGUUCAAGAGAAUAAAGGACAUGUGAAGGGAGAACAUGAAGGCAUAACAAUCUUAGUUCGAAGAAGCAGCAGCCCUACUGAAUUGGAUUUGAAAGAUGAUUUGCAGCAGAUGCAAGGAAAAUGUAGGGAAAGACAGAAGAGUGAAAGUAUCAGCAGUGAUACAGCUCUAGGCUUUAACAAUGAGCUGGAGCUGUCUAUGAGCCCGUGGCAGACCUGUGAGGAAGACGCAGAACUGAAUACUCCCACAGAUGUUGUGGCUGACACUGAUGCCCGCCAUUGGUUACAACUGAGUCCCACUGAUGCUUCAAAUCUAACAGAUAGCAGUGAAUGCCUUACAGAUGACUGUAGUAUAAUCGCUGGAGGAAACCUCACUGGUUGGCACCCAGACUCUGCUGCUGUGUUGUGGCGAAGAAUCUUGGGGAUCCUUGGAGAUGUGAAUAAUAUCCAGUCACCCAAGAUCCAUGCCAAAGUUUUUGGCUAUCUCUAUGAACUCUGGUACAAACUAGCAAAGAUACGGGAUAAUCUAGCAAUAAGCCUGGAUAACCAGUCUUCUCCAUCUCCUCCGGUCUUGAUCCCACCACUCAGAAUGUUUGCAUCAUGGCUAUUUAAGGCGACAACACUGCCAAAUGAAUAUAAGGAAGGCAAACUACAAGCCUACAGGCUGAUCUGUGCCAUGAUGACCAGACGCCAGGAUGUUCUGCCAAACUCAGAUUUCUUAGUGCAUUUUUACCUUGUGAUGCACCUGGGAUUAACCAGUGAAGAUCAGGAUGUCUUAAAUACCAUUAUAAGACACUGUCCACCUCGCUUUUUCUCCCUGGGUUUACCUGGCUUCUCAAUGCUGGUGGGAGACUUCAUCACAGCUGCUGCCAGGGUCCUCAGUGCAGACAUGGCGGCUCCUAGAUCAGAAGCUCUCACCAUCCUUGGAUCCCUUGUCUGCUUUCCAAAUACCUACCAGAAGAUCCCUCUACUGCAGCCAGUGCCAGAAGUGAAUGAGAUUACAGGAACUGAAGAUGUCAAACAUUACCUCAUAAAUAUUUUACUGAAGAAUGCCACAGAGGAACCAAAUGAAUGUGCAAGAUGCAUUGCCAUUUGCUCCCUCGGGAUCUGGAUAUGUGAAGAGCUUGUACAGUGCACGAGCCAUCCCCAGGUGAAAGAGGCCAUCAAUGUGAUAGGUGUAACUUUGAAGUUUUCUAAUAAAAUGGUGGCUCAGGUAGCUUGUGAUGUUCUCCAACUGCUGGUUUCCUACUGGGAAAAGCUUCAGAUGUUUGAAACCUCUCUGCCUCAGAAAAUGGUUGAAAUCCUUGUGGCCACAAUUGCUUUUCUAUUACCCAGCGCAGAAUACUCCUCAGUGGAAACCGAUAAGAAGUUCAUCGUUUCCUUGCUCCUCUGCCUCUUGGACUGGUGCAUGGCGUUGCCGGUGAAUACCCUUCUCCACCCUGUGUCCACAGCAGCUCUGGAGGAGCAGCACGUGUCCAGAGCCCCCUUGCUGGAUUAUAUCUACAGGGUUCUGCACUGCUGUGUUUGUGGCUCGAGCACAUACACCCAACAGAGUCACUACACACUGACCCUGGCUGACUUGUCCUCCACGGAUUACGACCCCUUCCUGCCACUGGCAAAUGUGAAGAGCUCUGAGCCAGUCCAGUAUCAUUCAUCAGCAGAACUGGGUAACCUGCUGACUGUUGAAGAGGAGAAGAAAAGAAGAAGUUUGGAGCUGAUCCCUCUGACUGCUCGCAUGGUGAUGGCCCACCUGGUAAACCACCUGGGCCACUACCCCCUCCACGGGGGCCCUGCCAUACUGCACAGCCUGGUCAGUGAGAACCAUGACAAUGCCCAUGUGGAUGGCUCUGAGCUGUCCUCUGAGGUGUUCAGGAGCCCAAACCUGCAGCUGUUUGUAUUUAAUGAUAGCACCCUCAUUUCCUACCUUCAGACGCCCACAGAAGGACCGGCAGAUGGAUCCCCGGUGGCCACCCUCUCCGAUGUGAGAGUAAUCGUGAGGGAUAUCUCAGGGAAGUACUCUUGGGACGGUAAGGUUUUAUAUGGACCAUUGGAAGGCUUCUUAGCUCCCAGUGGAAAAAAUCCUUUAUUUCUGAUUUCGGGCUGGCAUCAUCACACAAGUGGAUCUCAGAAAGCUUUUUCUCAAACUGAAGAAGGAGAUGAUGUGCUCGACAAAUUACUUGAAAACAUUGGCCACACAAGUCCUGAAUGUCUUUUACCAUCACAGCUAAAUCUAAAUGAGCCUUCUCCGCCCCCAUGUGGAAUGAACUGUGACCAAGAGAAGGAAAUCGUUGAGGUCAUUUUGCGCCAGAGCGCACAGGAAGACGAGUAUAUUCAGAGGUGUGACUCUGAUUCUGUAAUGAAAGUCACCAGCCAAGGGCAGCCCUUGCCAGUGGAGCCCCGGGGACCUUUUUAUUUCUGCAGAUUGUUGCUUGAUGACUUGGGAAUGAAUUCUUGGGAUAGAAGGAAGAAUUUUCAUCUGUUGAAGAAAAAUUCAAAAUUAUUGAGAGAGCUAAAAAAUCUGGAUUCCCGUCAGUGCCGUGAAACACACAAAAUCGCAGUGUUUUACAUUGCUGAAGGUCAAGAAGACAAGUGCUCAAUCCUCUCCAAUGAAAGAGGAAGCCAAGCAUACGAAGACUUUGUUGCCGGACUUGGGUGGGAGGUGGAUCUCUCUACCCACUGUGGGUUCAUGGGUGGCCUUCAGCGCAAUGGCAGCACUGGGCAGACAGCCCCUUACUAUGCUACCUCGACUGUGGAAGUGAUUUUCCAUGUUUCCACUCGGAUGCCAUCAGACUCAGAUGAUUCACUCACCAAAAAGCUCCGUCACUUGGGGAAUGAUGAGGUCCAUAUUGUCUGGUCUGAACACUCCAGGGACUACCGCAGGGGUAUCAUCCCAACUGCCUUUGGAGAUGUGUCAAUCAUCAUUUACCCAAUGAAGAAUCACAUGUUCUUUAUCGCAAUAACAAAGAAACCUGAGGUUCCGUUUUUUGGGCCUCUGUUCAAUGGAGCCAUAGUGAAUGGGAAGCUGCUGCCAAGCCUUAUAUGUGCCACGUGCAUCAACGCCAGUAGGGCCGUGAAGUGCCUCAUCCCACUCUACCAGAGCUUCUACGAAGAGCGAGCUCAAUAUCUUGAAGCAAUAAUUCAGAACCACCGCGAAGUAAUGACAUUUGAGGAUUUCGCAGCCCAAGUUUUUUCUCCCUCUCCCAGCUACUCCCUCGGCGGAACGGGUGAGUGUCUACAUUAUUCUUCUCUCAUGAGCUUAAGACGCAUUCAAGCUGCAGAUGUACACCUGUUUUUCACAGAUAAAUGCUUGCAAAUUUAAGAAGAGCAUUCUCCCUCU